AUGAGUGAGAAAAUCUACUGCUUAGGGAAGCUACUACCAGGAGGUCAUCGACACCGUAAGAACACGGCGGAUAUGUUGGAGGAAGCGAAGAAGUACCUGAAGUUUCUUCAGGCGCAAGUUAACUCGCUUCGGACUAUGCCCACCGAGUCGAGGUUUACGGAGGUGAAACUUGGGUUAUUUGGAGAUUUAAGAGGAAUGGGAGAGCUGGGAAACCUGAGUAGACAGCAGUUGUUGCAAGUGGUGGUGAACUCGCCCGCGGCGCAGAUGGUUAUGGCGGAUAGAGGACGGUGUUUGGCGACGGCGGAACAGGUGGCGAUGAUGAAGAGGAUUGAGGCUAGGCAGAAGGUUAUUCAGCAGUUCAUGCAUAAUCUUCCUCUCUGA